CGAGUGUGGCCCAGGGCACGAUUCCGUGGGCGAAGAGGUGACGCUUGUGGCGACGGUGACCAUCAACGAAGCGCCACCGACCGCCACCCCACUGCUGGGCGUGAGGACAGCGGAGGCUGGAAUGUAUCUGGGGCUGUGGUACGACGAGCAGAAGCGCUGGAGGACGAAGUUCAGAGCAGAAGCGGAUGCACAAAGAAUGACGUGGGAGGAGGGGAAGGCAUACCGAGUGGUGCUCACGGUGGAAAACGGCACGGGCUCGGCAUACGUCGACGGACAGCUUGUGGGGAGUUUGGAGGAGAAACCUCCGGCUGGUUUUGUUGCUUUGCCUGAGCAUGUGUUUUAUCCCGAAGAAACUCUGCUAUGGAGGAGGCCGCCGGAGAGGGUCUCGCGCAUCCUCGUUGGGGAAUACAGGUACGGCUAA